CAGUUCAGCAAGGCCAGGUCGAGUGGACCGCGCUGGCUGCAGGAAACCAACAGCAGACACAGUACUUUUGGACGGGAGGCCCUCUUGCAUAACCCAGUCCCCCCGUAGGCUGGGGCGCAACCACCCAGGAGGCCCAGGAUCGCAGGAAUUGCCCAGCACAGAGACUCGUUGCAAAUGAAAUCCAGGACAUUGUCAGUGAUACAAGAGUUUUGAGUUCACAAGAGAGAGAGUGAUAAAGUGAUAAGUGUCGCCUGGAGGAGAGCCUAGCUACCCUACAUUUUUCGCACGAGCAGAGGCCGAUUGCAUAACGCGAGACCGUGGCGUCUUCGGAGGGGCCCAGCAGCGGAGAUUCCGCCCUGUUCUCGAAGCUCGGUGGUGCCUUCUUCGGGGGGCCCAACUCCCCACAGCGAGUCGUCACAAAUAUCCGUGGGUUCCUCGCGAAUCGGCUCACUGGGGCAAUUCCCGAUACAGGUUGCCUUCUUGCGGAAUGAAAGAUAUUGGGCACGUCGAUGAGCAACUGUGCAGCCUUCAGGUCUAACCCAUGCGGCCAUCAUGCGUUGACACCGGCUCACCAGCGCUAUCUGCAGCCAAUCGAUCGUGAAGUGAGGUAAAGAGUUUGAGACAGUCAGCCCCAAAGCCAGCGCCACCAUGUCUUGGACCAUUCCCGUGAUUAAUCUGGAGUUCAACGACGUGAAGGAGAUCGUAUGGACGAAGAUCCAGGAGCCGGUGAUGCAGCGUCGCCUCAUUCUGGUGAUCGUGUCCAUCGCCCUGCUGCUGGACAACAUGCUGUACAUGGUGAUCGUGCCCAUCAUUCCCGACUACCUGCGCUACAUCGGGGCGUGGGGGAUUGAGGAGGAGAUGGCCAAUGCCACUAACGGUAAGCCCAUGCCGCACGACCACCACGGCCAGGACUCGGCCACUGGGGUGCUGUUCGCCUCCAAGGCGAUCGUCCAGCUCAUGGUGAACCCCUUCUCGGGCGCCAUCAUUGAUCGCAUCGGCUACGACCUACCCAUGAUGAUCGGCCUGACAAUCAUGUUCCUCUCGACGGCCGUCUUCGCCUGCGGUCGCAGUUACGGGGUGCUUUUCUUUGCGCGCUCCCUGCAGGGCGCCGGCUCAGCCUUCGCGGACACCUCAGGUCUCGCCAUGAUUGCCGACCGCUUCACAGAGGAGAACGAGCGCUCGCGCGCUCUGGGUAUCGCCCUGGCCUUCAUUAGCUUCGGGUGCCUGGUCGCACCACCCUUCGGCGGCGCUCUGUACCAAUUCGCCGGCAAGGAAGUGCCCUUCCUCAUCUUGUCCUUCAUCUGCCUCCUCGACGGCCUCAUGCUGUUGCUGGUGAUGAAGCCGGUGAAGGAGCAACUGGCCGAGAGGCAGAACGAGCGCUCGCCUACAAUACCCAUCUGGCGCCUCAUGAUGGACCCUUACAUUGCCGUGUGUGCCGGUGCCCUGAUGAUGAGCAAUGUCGCCCUGGCCUUCCUCGAGCCCACAAUAUCGCUGUGGAUGGAGGACAACCUCACGACUGAAAACUGGAAGAUUGGCAUGAUCUGGCUGCCGGCCUUCUUUCCCCACGUCUUCGGAGUUGUAAUAACAGUGAAGAUGGCCAGAAAGUAUCCGCAGCACCAGUGGCUGAUGGCAGCCGGCGGACUGGCUCUGGAAGGCCUCUGCUGCUUUAUCAUACCCUUCUCCUCCUCCUACAAGGUGCUCAUGAUUCCUAUCUGUGGCAUUUGCUUCGGUAUUGCCCUCAUCGACACGGCCCUGUUGCCCACUCUAGGUUAUCUCGUGGAUGUGCGCUACGUCUCAGUGUACGGGAGUAUCUACGCCAUUGCUGACAUAUCCUACUCCCUAGCGUAUGCAGUGGGGCCCAUAAUUGCAGGCGGGAUUGUGGAGACGAUAGGCUUCACUGCCCUGAAUGUCCUGAUAGCCUUUUCGAACCUCCUGUAUGCACCUGUUCUGACGUAUCUCAAGCACAUCUACGACUUCAAGCCGUUCCAGAGUGAGGCCAACAUCCUCAUGGGUGAUCCGCCCACCAAGGAAUACCAGACUUAUACAAUGCACGACCAGAAACCGGUGGGAGACUACAAGAACCAUUUGGAGUAUGGUCGGUUCGAGGAGGAGCAAGGGGUGCAGGAGACAAACAUAGAUCAGGAUCAGAACGGGUAUGUGGCUCAGGGGCAGUACGAUCAAUCCUACCAGUAUCAGCAGCAGCAGGGCUAUCAGCCCGGGUAUCAGGAGCAAGGUGGAGUGUAUGACCAGCAACAGAGACAAUUGCCUCAGCAACCGGUGGCAAAUCCCUUCAGGCAGGGCGAACAGGCCCCACAAGAGCAGGGGAGACAAGUGUCGAAUCCCUUCCGACAGGGCUACUAAAGUGGUCUCCCGCCUCCCACUCGUUAUCGUUUGUGUUAUGCUCUUCUUGUUGCAGAAAUUAUCACUCUUAUUGAAACGUGCAUGAAAGCGGGGAAAUUGCUCCCUCUGCAAUUGUUAAUUACUGACCACGGUUUUCAGAAUAUUGAUUGGCCAGUAUUGUUCGAGCCUUGUUUACAACCACUGUCGCUAUAAAUUCGAAUGUGAAAAUCUCACUGAAAAUUUGUUAGGUCUGUUCGCAGCACAAUUGAGGCGUCUAUAUAAUCCAAGAGAAGACACACAAUUAUCAAAUACAUAUCCAGAAAGAAUAUUAUAUGCAAUUAUCUAUAUACAAAAUGAAGAUAUUUACUAUAUAAAUGUGGACUAUGUAUAGAGAGAUAUAUUAAACUGUUGUAAAUAUUUUACAGUGACUUGGACAUAUUUUGCUGCAGAGUUAUAUUGAGACUUUUUGAGAUUUUACGUGUGCUCUUAAAUUGAAUUGGUAUAUCCAAAGAAAAGGAGGGUUAGAGUGCGAGGAUAAUGCGGAAACUUUCUCUGCGCAGAAUUUUCAAUUUUUCCUCGCCGCAGCGCCAAUUCGAUGUUAAUGAAAAUUUAUUAAUACACUCUGAUGGUUCUUUUCCCCUCCCUGGUUCAUUUUCAGCUCCCAUAUCUUAGCUAUAGGCAUUUAGGAGUAUAAUAUUCUAGCAUGUAGGAAGUCAACUGGAUCGAGGGGAGGCUCCGCCGCGGCAUCGGUAUCGCAUACAUAUCACACAAGUUUGCACGUCUAUUGGGUGCUCGCUCAAGGGUAGGAUGGUCGCCCACUAUUGGUAUCAGCCCAUCCGAACUCCCUGCUCGAUCAAAAUCGGUUGGCAUAUGAGUUGACUUAUCUUAUGGGUUCUGGUGGAUGGGCUCUAAUCAGGAGCCACGCCACGUUUUAUAACAUUAAGACACAACCAAGGUAACGAUACAUAUCAGAGUCAUGUGACUCGCCUGAUUUUUACCAAAGUGAUAUUAUUCGGGAAAACUGAGGUCCACAUCAAGGCCUCACGAUCCCAAUUUAUUAUAGAUAUAUUGAGGAUGGAUAGUUAUAUCUAAGGAUAAAGGAUACAGAUAGACACUAAAGGUAAGAGACAUAGUGUAAGGGCAAACAUCAUUACGUGUAAAGUAGAGACAGAAUGUCAUUGGAUGUGAGGUUGGAUGGAUGGAAGACUUAGGUUUGGAUCUUAUCAUUACCGAGUCAUAUCAAGUUUAUCAAUUAAUCGUAAUAGGGUAGCGUAUAGUGUCAGAGAAUCCUGGUGUAUUUUCCUUUUGAUUCUUCGCUUGAGUUCCUUUAGAGGAGGCGAUCCUCAUGUAAAAGUUAGACCCAAAUGCAGUGUUACACAAUAUCGAAAGGUCCCCUGUAGGGGUGGGUGAGCCCAAGUCGUACAUCGAAUACCGCAGAAGUUAGUGAAGAGAAACUUGAUUUACAAUUCAAGCCAGAGACCACAUAUAAGACAAAUCCCGAGAGACCUUGAUUUAAAUAUAAAUUCGGAUAAACUUUUAGGAAUCCCAGAAAAAAAACAUCCAGUCCGUAAUUUAACGAAGCAAUACAAAAUGGAGAAAAAAAAUUGUAACUUGAGUAAUUAAUAAUCAUGACUUAACAGUAAUCUAAAUAAAUUUAACUACUUAUAGCAUUAGAUAUUUAAACAAUUAACUUAUGUAUAAUCCAUAAUACCAAUUAUAGAAGGAAAAAAGAAGAAGAAACAAGAUGACAUGAUAGGAGCGGAGGUAGAUGAGAUAAUCUGUAGAUAUGCUAGACGCUAAAACAUUGAAAAUAUGUAAAGAUCAGAAGCGUUCUGGGACUCACACUAAUCGUCACAAUUAUCACGUAGGUUCAAUUAUUGGGGAUAAAAACCAAAAAUCAAGCAGAGAGACAUGCUUAAGAUUAUAGGAAUGAUUUGUAGGUCGUUAAAGAUGAGGGCAUGAGAGGAUCUUCUGUACAAUAUAAACCCUCAAAGUCAUGAAACAUGAAGUUGAAACCAAUGUAUAGACGUAGUUGAGAGAAAGAAUCAUAUAGAAUAAUACUGUAUAAGGAAAUUAUGUACGAACAAUGUUGCAUUUGUAUAUAAACUGGAAGUGAAUAAGAAGGAUAAGCUAUUAUACAUUAUUUUGCUCUAUAAAGUAUUCAUUCCUGGCAUUAUUUCCAUUGAACAAAAGGUGAAAAAAAAAUCAAUAAGAGAGCUUCUUUUCAUUUAAUCAGCGAAACCUUCCAUUUUAAGCAGCAUUUAUUUGAACAUACCAGUGAAUUUCGAAAGGAUACCAUUUAGGAUACAUAAUUUAUAUGUAAAAUGUAGGUGUAAAGUAUUAAAAAAUGAAAUAUUCCACCGCUCUUUCAACAAAAUUUCCAUUCAUAACAAAUAUUAUUCGCCGCGUCUUGAGAAAAUUGUGUAUAUCUGUGAAGCAAAUAUCUCGAAGGUGUUUUUUUGCGCAUUUAAAGCAUACCCUGAACAUAAUCCCUAGUGUAAAUACAGUCUCUGCUGUAGAGAAUGAGAAAAUCUACCUAGAAAUCUCUUGCAUUUUCACGCCCCAAGACUUGAGGAUGAAGAAUGAAGAGACUAUGGUGCCGGCAAGUGUAAUAUAGGAUUAAAAUUAGACGGUAAAUAGUACUAUUAUGCUCCUUUCAGAGAAUGCAAAAACAAUGUAACAAAUUGAAUUAUUAAUGUAGGAAGAAUUAUAAUUGGUAUUUUCCAUCACAAUGGCUUUUCUUUGAUUUUACAGUGUGAAAAAUAAACAAGAUUAUAAAUUUAUCACAAAGGUAAAGAACAGAUUUACAAGACACGCCCCAAUUCCCGUCAAUAUAAAUCACUAUAGUAAAUGUGUGAGUCUUACACUAAGCCUUACAUAUCUACUGAUGGUUGCGGAUAACAAUUUAACAACUAGUAAUCAAUUAUCGAUUACAAUAUGUGACAUUUUGUGUUGGCAAGUAUGAUUUCUGUUACAGAAAAUUCUGCCCCCAAAAUUGUAAUGAAUAAAUAAGAAUUUCCCCAUAACAGAUAUAAAUAUAUGGCAUAUUUCACAAUCCAAUAACGCCGUAUCUUGUGAAUCUGCUCUUGAGCGACUGUAAUUAAAUAGCAAGAAUAUGAAAUGUAACCCAAAAAAAUGAGCAGCAUUAAAUAAACUACCAUUAACUAAAUGUAGGCUAACAAUUGAAGUAAUAUUCCUGUUGAUGUAGUAUUGUGCAGAUAUAUUUGAGUAUAUUUAAAACAUAAUUGAGAAUGCAAUUAUUCAUUUUUCCUCAAAAUAUCUAAUGAUGGAAGCAUAUAAUUUUGUUCCCCGUUGAUAAGUUACUGAAUGUGUAAAAUCUCACGGCAAAAAAGAAGCAGUGAAGAAAUGAUAAAAAAAAUGUGUAUGCUAUAACUUUAAAGAAGAAAAAAAAAACAUAUAACUUAUAACAAUUACAAUUAAACUUUUGAUUGUUAUCCGAAAAAAAGCAAUGUGGUUAUCAUUGAGAGUGUCUUCAUCCCCUUUUGUUGUUGCGCUAUCUGGAUGAGAAGGGAAGGAAAGUAUGAGCUAAUAGUCCCCCUUAUUGCUUCCUCAUAAUACCAUGAAGAAUGCUGUCGCAUACCAACCCUCGUGUUAUGAGAAAAUAUUGUCAACCAUCAUCAUUGUACACAAAUACGUUUUUCUCACCAUAA